AUGGCUGAACCCCCAAUUCGAGGCUCGCCUUCCAAGCAGCUUCUGGCGUUUGACCCGCAGUCCUCCGACCCCGCGGUUCGCCGCGCUUCUACUUUGCCGGGGAUGCAGGCCCAUGGCGCCCGCGUUGAUCCGUUCGCCAAUUGGACCGAUCAGCUUCAGCUCUCAGGUGCUGUUAGGGAUGACAUCAACGUUGCGCCUGGUUCCGCUGUGUCUGCUGUUUUGGCACAGAACGCACCUGUCGUGCUGCCUCCACUUCAUGGCCAGCUUCAGCCUUUGCCGACCACCUGGGAUGCGACCGGUCGCUAUUAUUUGCCAUCAGUUUCCUCAUUGGGUUUGCAGGAUCCCGCCAUACGCGCCCAGGAGAUAAUCGCGCAAUCGCAAUAUCCUUUCGGUCUCGACCACACUCGUGAUGAGAAUCAAGACUGGUAUCCCCAGGCUCGGUACUCACCCUCCCAGGAAGGGCGUGUGCUCACUUACAACCCGGUUCAAGCUGCCCCUGGCAUCACAAAGGGUGAACACCCGGCCCGCCAAGCUGCCGGUGAAGACCUUUCGUCCGCGAUGGUUCGUGCCCCGGCUGGCAUUCAAAUGACAGCUCCACGAGCCCCAGGCGGUGCUGUUAGGCUCAUUCCUCGCCGAGGUAUCAUCGUGGAGGGUGUUGCUCAGGAGACCGAACAUACCAACGUGCUCGCGUUGUUUCCCCGAUCGAGAUAUGGUACCCUGGAAGGAGUCUUUAUCCAGCAACUUCAUGCUUCGGGCAGAUUUUCCGUCGUGUUCGCCGAUCUUCGCGAGGCCAUUGAUGCCUUCAACCAGAUUCCUCGGGCCUACCCUGCAUGGAAUAUCAAGUAUGCCACCAUCGCGGAGGUAGUGUCCGCUGGUCUGAAUGGACCAUUCCACAGCAUGGCGAGCCCGGAGGAUGGUCAACUUGUGAUUUGUGCGCUGAUUGACACCCAGCCGCCAGUGCGUGACUUUGACCAAAGGACCGAUGAGUACGUGGCAAACGUCACCGAAGCACUUGGAGACGUGCGCUAUUGCAAUCGUGUCAGCGAGGAAAACGCCAGCGUGCGGGAAUACCGAGUCGAGUAUUUUAACGUCCAACAUGCCAUCCAUGCAUACUCCUGCCUCAACCAUUUGCUCUUGGAUACACUCCGGUUCGACGUCAGCCUUCCGCUGUCUGUUUUGCACACCCAGGCUCGCAAUGCCGGCUCGCCCCGGAGCCCUAUCACCCCUUUCCAGUGCUCACCAAAUGCGAAAAUGGAGAUUGACCCAACCUCGCCCGAGCUCUCCGACACCAUCGAGGAACAGCAUGUGAUUGAUCUUCUCAAGGUCGAACGUGGCGAAGAUUUGCGGACCACGGUCAUGAUCCGCAACAUUCCUAACAAGUUCACCGCGGAUACCUUUAAAACCAUCCUCGAUCAGUGGGUGUUUGCCAGAUACGACUUUGUCUACCUACGCAUGGAUUUCAUGCAUCAUUGCAAGUAA